AGAAAACAACUGAGUCGAAAUGUUUUGAGGUUAGGCUGUUAGAAGUACAGAUACGUUCGGGUUCGGACUUUUUGGAUAUAGAGUUGUUAAGUAAAUCGUAGAGUAAUAUAUUUGUAAUAACAAAUGGCUGAUCCAAAGUACGCAAAUCUCAUUGGCAUAGCCUACGAUCAGCCUGAUAUAUAUGAAACCAAGGAUUUGCCUGAAGCGGACCAAAAUGCAGAAAUAUUUGAAGAGGAGUCCGAUAGUAUUGAGCGUCUACACAUCAGUGCGUCAACAGCCUUGUCCAAGUUCAAGGGAAAAACGUUAGACUCCGCCAAUGUUGACUUCUCUGAUCGACUCAGCCGACGGAUUCGCACUGGAUACAGUGCCAGAUCCGGUGACUGGGAGUUGGCCGGUGAAGGGGAGAAGGAGACGGCUAUCCAGAAGUACCAGCGGCUACAGUGUGAGAUGAGGGAGCUGCUGGACGAAGUGGCAGAGCUAAAGGAAGUGGCCAAGGAUGAAAGCAACAAGCAGCCGUGUACAGCUCUCAGUAGACAGGUGGAGUCGCUGGUCAAACAGUUGACGGAACUGAGACUGGAGGAGAAACUGGGCUCGGAGCUGGUCGGCAGUUUGACAGAUCCUCAGGGAGCUCAGUUCAAGAAGCUGUUGUCUCAGCUGGAGCAGUUUCAGGUGUCAGAACAGCGGGAGAGAGGUGGUCAGGGGGAGGGAGGGGAUGCUACAGUCAAGUUCCAGCUGACACUGCGGCCUGGCCAUGCCCAGCUGGCACAGACGGCACGAUUGGCAGACCUGGAGCAGCGGCUGGCACGGGUAGAGCAGGCUGUGGGUGCCACACCCGCAAAACUGUCGCGGUUGGGGGUGGGAGACCACUCGUUGUUGUCUACAGCUCAACACUUGGCCAGCCGAGCUGCCCUGCUGGACUCUGCACAGUUGGAUGCUGCAGAGAGCCGGUUAUCCACGCUACUCACCAAGCUUGACCAGGUGGCUGAGAAAACCGCAGCAAUAACCGGUUCCAGUGAUCCCGACAGGGACAAGAAGAUAAACGAAUUGUACGAGCUGGCUAAGAAAACUGAAUACCUCUCCCAGAUCCUGCCUCAGACCUUGGAGCGGAUGUUGGCUUUACAGGAACUGCAUCAGCAAGGAGGAGAAUUCGGAAAGGCACUGAGCGAGAUGGAAUCAGUUCAGGUGCAGCUCAUGGCUAAGAUGAGAUCGAAUGGUGAAACUCUAGCGAGCGUUGAGGAAGGACUCAAGACAAGCUUUGCUACAAUCAAAGCUAACAUGGAAGCUCUAGACGGACGUGUCAAGGCUCUAUCCACCAAAAAAUAACAAUAACACCAUAGUCGUUAAGCUUUAUAUGUGAUUUAUAUUUAUUGAUUUGUGUAACUUUUAAUGCGUUAAGUCUUGUAACAUUUAAAACCAAGCUUUUUAAAGAUACUUAUUUCAACAUGAAUUAACAACAGUUACAAUAACUAUUUCUAAUUCUGUUCUCGUGGAUGUCCGUAAAUUUCUGUGCUACAAUUUACAUAAUUCUUUUUAAAUUAUUCAGUGCAUUGUUUUACAUGUACAGGUAGAAUGUUACAGAUAUUAUUUUGUUGAAACUUCUCGGAAGUUACAUAUUAAGUUUUCAAGAGAAAAUUUCCGCUAGAUUGGGAAUAAACUUAUCAAAUUUCAAAGAGAAACGUCAACCAGAUUAAAUAAUUUUAUUACAAAAAUAUUGUUAUGGCCUGUACUUGGACUUGAUUAUUUUUUAACUAGAUGUGUUUCCAACUCAAGUGCUAUAUAAUGAGGAGUGCCAUAGACACUGGAGUUCAGAUCGUGUGUUUAUGUAAACUUGGGAAAAGGUUGUGGUGGUAAAUGUUAUUUUAAAAAUCCAAAUUAUUGUUGAUAAUGAAUGCCUGAAACCCUGCUUGAAGGUGGAGUUUAUUUUUGCUACUAUUAAUUUUAUGAAUUUAUUUGAAGGUUAUAUGUAGAGAUUUAUUUUUUAUUAUAUGUUUAUGCUUGUUAACUCUUUGUACGCUGUAAAGAAAUUAAUCACUUAAUAUCUUUGCACUGAAUACAAAAAGUAACUAUUUAAAUUUAUGAUAGCUAUUUUUUAGUUUGGUUGGUAUGCAAAGUAAUGAAAACAUAUGUUAUUUCAAACAUUUUUAUUUUUAUAAAUUUUAUUGAUGUUCAAUACAGUAAUUGUAAUAAACCAAAUUCAUUUUUUUACCAUAAUUACAUAAAGUUAAAAUUAUAGUUGGCACGGUAUUUAUUUUAAGGCGAAAUACAAAAGAUAAUAAGAAUAUAGAAAGGUACUAAAAUCAAAAAGGCACAUUAAAAUUGGCUUGAAGUAUGAUAAAUUACAAAUAAGUUUUGUUAUGAACUAAGAAUUAUAUAAUGUAUUGUUCUGAGAUACUGUGAUUUAUUCUACUUAGAAAGAAAUAGCGAGAUAUUACGCUUAAAUCGUACAAAGGGUUAAAAAAAAACCUAUGGGCAAGAUUUUUUUAAUGCAGUAAAAAUACGCAUAUUGUGUAUUUGUAGUUUGUUUGCAAUAUUUUCACAGUAAUACCCCAUUAAUUUAGAUUAAUAUUUUGAAUAAAAAUAUAAUGUGUUAGUAAAAACUACAAUACACAGACGAGUGGAUGCAGUUGUCAAAAGUGAUAUUAUAGAUGUGAUCUAGCAAUGUAAAUUGACUAGGUUCUAUAUCUACUUUUUACUACACAUCUGCAGUAUUGAAAUUUCCAAAUUAAUGAGUUUUUACUGUAUUAAUUGUUAUUUUUUCUGAAAUGUAUCUAAAAAUAAUUACAUUUUAUGAAGACAGUUUCUAUGCAUGUUCACCAGAUUGUACAUUCUUUACACUCCAAACCUUACUUCAAAUGUUUGUUAAAGAGAGGCCAGUUGUAUUAAAGCCUUUAUUAUCUUACUAAA